AGCUGUCACUCCCCUGGGUGGGACGAAGCUACUCUUUGUCAGUGACAUAACUGCAGUGAUGUUGGAGCCUGCGGGGCUUUCUGUUAGGUAGGACUGCACUGUGACUCUGAGCUUCAGUGUCAGGGAAGAUUUUUGGCAUACAGUAGACAGGAGAGUUUGGACUACAGCAUUCCUGCCGCUGCAUCCACUGUAAAGAAUGGAGGAUGUAAAGAAUGGAGGAUCUCAGCCUGCCUACAGUCGCUGGUCGUACAGACCCUCCAGCUCUGCAAGCUUCUCUUCCAACUCGACAGCAAGUGGCAUUGAAGACGACAGCGCCACUCUCAUGCAGCAGAAACUGAAAAAACAAAGAGCUCUCCUGGAGCAGAAGCAGAGGAGGAAGCGUCAGGAACCCCUCAUGGUCCAGCCCAACACAGAGACCCGCCCCCGGCGCUCCAGGACAGGGCGGGGCGAGGAGCAGGCCCCCCUGGUUGAUUCUCAACUCAGUGUCACCAACGAUGUAAUCAUGGAUGGCAUUGAUGGCCCAGCAGCUUUUUUAGGCUCAGAAGCCUCUGACCAGGGGACGAAAAUACAAAUCCUGUCUGUGAGCCAGUCCCAGUCCCCUUCUCAAUCUCAGUCUCAGUUCAAGGUACAGCCUCAUUCUCAGCCCCAGUCCCCCGCUGCUGAAGAGCCUGAGCGAGACGGAGACACUGAGUCGCUCCUCGAGCCCAAGACAGACAUCCACGAAUUACUGAAGAAACAAGGUCUGUGUGGCAGCAUGAAUUUUGAUGAAGACAGCGAGAAUGAGGACGACGGGGAGGAAGAACGGACGCGUUCUCUGUCAACAAACGCAGACACAACCAGACCGGAUUCAGCCGCCAGUGGAAAAGACAUUCCUGAGCUGGUAACCCCCGGAUCGCCCACGGCUGACAGUGCACUUAUCGAUGUGGCCAAUCUGGAGGAGUUCGUCUUCCUUCCAGCUCCACGCGGCGUCACUGUUAAAUGUCGGAUCAGCCGGGACAAGAAGGGCAUGGACCGCGGACUCUACCCCACCUACUUCAUGCACAUGGAGAAAGAGGACGGCAAGAGGGUGUUUCUGCUGGCAGGUAGGAAAAGAAAGAAGAGUAAAACGUCUAACUACCUUAUUUCAGUGGAUGCCACUGAUCUGUCUCGAGAGGGAGAGAGCUUCAUAGGUAAACUCAGAUCCAACCUCAUGGGCACCAAAUUCACCGUGUACGACAACGGCACCAAUCCCUGCAAAAACCCCGGAGCGCUACUGGAGGAGAGCAACAAACGACAGGAACUGGCUGCCAUCUGCUAUGAAACCAACGUGCUGGGAUUCAAAGGACCACGGAAGAUGACAGUUAUCAUCCCGGGAAUGAACAUGAACUUUGAGAGAGUUCCUGUGCGGCCUCAAAGCGAGCAGGAUAGUCUCCUGAGCAGGUGGCAGAACCACUCCAUGGAUAACCUCAUCGAGCUGCACAACAAGGCCCCCGUGUGGAACGACGACACCCAGUCUUACGUCCUGAACUUCCACGGCCGCGUCACCCAAGCCUCUGUGAAAAAUUUCCAAAUAGUUCACGACAAUGACCCCGACUACAUCGUCAUGCAGUUUGGCCGAGUGGCUGAAGACAUCUUCACUCUGGACUACAACUACCCCAUGUGCGCCCUCCAAGCCUUCGCCAUCGGCCUGUCGAGCUUUGACAGCAAGCUGGCCUGUGAAUGAACUCCCACUUUAGACUUCCAAAUCGACACAUUUCCUGCCCGCCCUCGAGUCUUUGAGCAUACUCACGAUCAUUUAGUGGGGUUAUUUCUAAAUAAUAAUCAAUAAAUCAGUUCACACAUUUUGCACAGUUAAUGUGUUCAUUUGUGUAGACUCUUAAAGGGAAAGUAAAACACACCUCUCCUCUGUGCUGG